AUGGGCCAACAGCAGUCUAAACGCACUCGAAAGAGCGCAAAGGACAAGGACAAGGACGACUCUGCCACGCACUCCGAUUUUGCAGGCGUCGACGACAAUUCGCAGCAAGGUAGCCUGCCUCGCGCAACCACAGCAGAAGGUACGAACGGGUCUGCUUCCUCACCGCCAUCCGAAGAGCAUUCAGCAAGCAACACUUCAUCGUCUGAACCUGCUGCGGCUCCCAAAGCUGGGCAUAGCCCCCGACCGGUUGGUUCUGAUACCCUCGCCUCUCCGGCCUCCAACUCUAAUUCGAAAGACGCAUCGCUUUUACCCCCCGCACCAUCAGCAUCUCCUUCGACGUCGCCUCUCUUAGCUGCCAAACCUCCACCCCUUGAUAUUCCCAUGACACAAACCAUCCUUUCUAACGCGAGCUCUCCCUAUCCUACGCCUGGAUCUACUGGCAGCGUCACCGCCGACCCCAUGGCCAAUGCCAAUGGUGCCCGGGGUGUGGACAAGAACAAACAACUCGACAUUGACGACUUCAUUCAGCGCUUGCUAGAUGUUGGUUAUACAGGGAAGGUCAGCAAGUCAUUGUGCCUGAAGAAUACAGAAAUAGCUACGAUUUGCCUAGCGGCACGCGACGUGUUCCUCGGCCAGCCUACGCUCAUCGAGCUGUCUCCGCCAGUGAAGAUUGUCGGGGACGUUCACGGGCAAUACUCCGACCUCAUACGCCUCUUUGAGAUGUGUGGUUUCCCGCCCGCUGCAAAUUAUCUCUUCCUAGUAUAUGGAUUCUACGACGAAUGCAAACGACGGUGUAAUAUCAAGACCUGGAAGCUGUUCAUUGACGUAUUUAACUGCCUCCCCAUUGCUGCCGUUGUGGCCUCGAAGAUCUUCUGUGUCCACGGCGGCCUAUCCCCUUCUUUACAUUCGAUGGAUGAUAUUAAACGGAUACAGCGGCCAACAGAUGUGCCGGAUUAUGGUUUACUGAAUGAUUUGUUAUGGUCAGAUCCGUCAGACACAGCGGCAGAUUGGGAGGACAAUGAGCGCGGCGUUAGCUACUGCUUUGGCAAGUCGGUGCUGAACGAUUUCCUAAUGCGCUAUGACAUGGACCUCAUCUGCCGCGCGCACAUGGUGGUUGAAGAUGGCUAUGAAUUUUGGAAUGAGCGAACACUUGUCACGGUGUUUAGCGCCCCCAAUUAUUGUGGAGAAUUCGACAACUAUGGGGCCUGUAUGAGUGUCUCCGAAGAGCUUUUGUGUGCAUUUGAACUUUUGAAACCAUUGGAUGGUCCAGCGCUGAGGAAGGAGAUGACAAAGGCGAAGCGGAAGACGCUGAUGGCGACCACUACCUGA